GAGCCCUGGCAAUACUGGGCCACCCCCCAGGGCCUCUCCUGGUGCCCACUGAAUGACUCACCUUGGCACAGACACAAUGGUUGGGGUGGGCACAGAGCCUGCUCCCUGCGGCACCCCAGGUCCCCUCAGAUGCUUUCCGAGAAGCUCUUUGAGCAAGGGGCUUGGGCUGCGCCCUGCCAAUGGGCUGGCAUCUUGGGAUGAAAACAGCACAGCCCCCCGCAGGGGCUGCCCUCGCUGAGCGACGCCCUCACCAGUGGUGGAGAACAAGGGUCCAUUCAGCAAGCGCCCAGGAAAAGGGAUCGGAGGCCCAGGCAUGGACAGUGGGCAGCAAGAGGGGGUGGUGCAGGAGAGGAAGGCUGCCCGCUUCCCAGAAGUCCAGGGGCACAGAUGGGCCAAGGGCCUGGGUGGACCUCCAGGCAACCAGAUAGAAGGGGUGGAUGGAUCUGAAAUCUCAAGGGGCCACAGGGCACUGGGCCCAGGCUCCCUGUUCAGAACCACUGGCUCCUCACUUCCCAAACCCACUCAUCCCCAGAAGCCUUUCCCAGCCUUUCAGCCUGAUGUGUGGGAACUUGAAGGAGAUAAAUCUCCACUGUGAAAGUGAGGUGAGGGGGGGCCAGGGGAAAUGGGCUGUUACAGGGACAGAGAUGGGAGUUGGGACAGCCAGCUCAUUCAUAAGUGCUUUGUGGAGCUGUCAAGGCCUAGGCUCCAGGAGCGGGUGCAGAGAGGCUGGGUGAGCCCAGUGAGGCUGAGCCCGGAGCUUCAGGGUGGCCCGAGGAGCGUGGGGAGGGCCUGGGAGUGUAGCACCUGCCCCCUCUGGCCCUGUCAGGAGCCCCACAUUCCUUCCAUCAUCCCCUCACUGCUAGAUAGAGGCCUCGAUUGACCCUCCAGACAAAGGGCUGGUUCUAAUUCCAGCCCACAGCCCCGCAACUCCAGGGGAUGGGGAGACAGCAGGAAUGUGGACGCCUGCCUCAAGAGGGGAGGAUGGCAGGAAUCUGCUGGGACUGAGGCUGUCAGGAAAUCUAACACAGGCUGUUUCUUGAGAGUCGGGAACAGGUUUAUUCUUCAUCAAGUUCCCAGUGCCUACCAGGCACUGGAAGGAGAAUGCUGAGGGAGGGCCUGGGUCAUGGGAUCUAAGAGUUAGAAGACAGGUCAGGGGUCAUCUGGUUCAGCCCUUCCCUGACCCACCGUCCCAGAGAAAGGGUCUGCUUGCUCAGUGGUCAGGGUUCAGACACAGCAUCAGCCCCAGGAACUGCCCACUAGCAGCUCUGUCUGGAGCCAGACCGGGGCUGGCAUGCUCUGGUGGCCCUGCCUUGGGGCACAAUGGCCUCGGUGGGGUGAGAGGCGCUCUCCCCGUGGCUGGGCUGUGGCCCAGCACCACCCCCUCAGGCUAUGCCAGGGGGCGUUGCCAGGGGCAGCCUGGGCCGUGCCAGGCCGGUCCCUCCUCCUUAAAGCCCGCACAUCUCAGGAGCGGGCAGAGCCAGGCCAGGAUGGAGAGGAGACGGGUCACCUCAGCCGCUCGCCGCUCCUACGUCUCCUCCUCAGAGAUGGUGGUGGGGGGCCGCCGCCUGGGUCCGGGCACCCGCCUGUCCCUGGCUCGAAUGCCGCCUCCACUCCCGGCCCGGGUGGACUUUUCCCUGGCCGGGGCGCUCAACUCCGGCUUCAAGGAGACCCGGGCCAGCGAGAGGGCAGAGAUGAUGGAGCUCAAUGACCGCUUCGCCAGCUACAUUGAGAAGGUGCGCUUCCUGGAGCAGCAGAACAAGGCGCUGGCUGCCGAGCUCAACCAGCUGCGGGCUAAGGAGCCCACCAAGCUGGCCGACGUCUACCAGGCAGAGCUGCGCGAGCUGCGCCUGCGACUCGAUCAACUCACCGCCAACAGCGCCCGGCUCGAGGUGGAGAGGGACAACCUGGCACACGACCUGGGCACCCUGAGGCAGAAGCUCCAGGAUGAAACCAACCAGAGGCUGGAGGCUGAGAACAACCUGGCUGCCUAUCGACAGGAAGCAGAUGAAGCCACCCUGGCCCGUCUGGAUCUGGAGAGGAAGAUUGAGUCUCUGGAGGAGGAAAUCCGGUUCUUGAGGAAGAUCCAUGAGGAGGAGGUGCGGGAGCUCCAGGAGCAGCUGGCCCAGCAGCAGGUCCACGUGGAGAUGGAUGUGGCCAAGCCUGACCUCACAGCAGCCCUGAGAGAGAUCCGCACACAGUAUGAGGCAAUGGCGUCCAGCAACAUGCAUGAGGCGGAGGAGUGGUACCGGUCCAAGUUUGCGGACCUGAACGACGCCGCCGCCCGCAACGCGGAGCUGCUCCGCCAGGCCAAGCACGAGGCCAACGACUACCGGCGGCAGCUGCAGGCCUUGACCUGCGACCUGGAGUCCUUGCGCGGCACGAACGAGUCCCUGGAGCGGCAGAUGCGCGAGCAGGAGGAGCGCCACGCGCGGGAGGCGGCGAGUUACCAGGAGGCGCUGGCCCGGCUGGAGGAAGAGGGGCAGAGCCUCAAGGACGAGAUGGCGCGCCACCUGCAGGAAUACCAGGACCUGCUCAACGUCAAACUGGCCCUGGACAUCGAGAUCGCCACCUACAGGAAGCUGCUGGAGGGCGAGGAGAACCGCAUCACCAUUCCUGUGCAGACCUUCUCCAACCUGCAGAUCCGAGGGGGCAAAAGCACCAAAGAAGGGGAAAGUCACAAGGUCACAAGACAUCUCAAAAGCCUCACAAUACAAGUUAUACCAAUUCAGGCUCACCAGGUUGUAGAUGGAGCCCCGCCGGCUCUCGAAACCAGCCUGGACACCAAGUCUGUGUCAGAAGGCCACCUCAAGAGGAACAUUGUGGUGAAGACCGUGGAGAUGCGGGAUGGAGAGGUCAUUAAGGAGUCCAAGCAGGAGCACAAGGACGUGAUGUGAGCAGGACCCAUCUGGUGGUUACUGCCCCACCGUUUGAGGGGUCUGCAGCAGGAGUCGGGGUAGCUGUCCCUUCUCUGCUAGUUAAUUUCCCCAGAAUUGAGUUCCCACCCAAACCAGUUGCUCCUCUUCCUGCUCCAUCUCUAUGCCAGCUUGCCACCCUAGGCUCCAUCAGCAUUAAGCCUGUCAGACAGCACCCACCCCACACCCAGCAACACUAACAGGGCACUCACCCCAAAGGGCGGCCUGGAGGGGCACAGCCAGCAGCUUGAGUUAGAAUUGGGAGGGAGGAGAAAAGGCGGGGAGGGCAGGGAGACCUCAUAAAUCACCCUACCCUCCGUAUCCUGAACCUUUGUUGUCAUGGCAACUGUUGCCAGAGCCGGAGGUGUCUGGGGGUAUCUGGGAAUGGGGCCUUUGAGUUUCCUUGGGCUGCUGGAGGAAAACUGAGAGUCUGAGACAAGCAGAGGAAGUCCCCAGGGCAAGGUGGCCUUGGCUAGAGGCUUAUUCUUCUAGACUGACUCUGACCAGUCUGAGGGUGGGUGGGGCUAUCCUGCCAACUGGGAGAGUCAGCAGACAGAAUUCCUGGCCUGCUCAGAUCACAGAGGGGCCUCCUGAGCAAUGCAUGAAGUGUCUCAGCCCCACUGAGCUGCCACGUGGGCAUGCCGUGGGCCCAUGGGAGCUUGAUUCUCUGCACUUGGGGGAAGUAUAGUGUAAGUGCAGAGGAAAGGGGUGCUGGGAGGGAGCAGAAGGGGGCCUUGCCCAUUGCUGUGGGUACAGAGAGGUCAAGCCCAGGAGGACUCUGGUACAGGCUGGAGGGGGCAGGUAGAGAUGGUGGGGGCAGAGCUUGGGAUGAUGCUAGACAUCAGAGUGGGGGUCGUGGGUGAGUAGUUACACUUGGCCUUUGGGUCGUGGGAAUCAAGAAAGUGAUUCAUCCUCAGGAUGACACAGGAAAGGAAGAGGCUGAUGUUCAUGGGAGCAGGGCCUGCUAUGUCCCAGCUCUCAAGGCCCUUCCCUUGCUGCGUAAACCCUGUCCACCCAGGCCUGUGAGCCCCUACAACUGCCACCUGACCCCAGGAAACACUGCUAGGCGAAGCCUCUGUUGCCACCCAACCUCCUCUCCCCACAGUGAUCACUGCUCUUCCCUAAACCAAGGCCCCUGUAGUCCCCUCUUAGUCAAAUACAAAACAUACCCCCCUCCCCAUGUUUUAGGUAGCACUUUAUUUUAUGAUUUGGAACCUGAGGCCCAUGCAGAGUGAAGACACUGGUUUGUGUUCCCGCAGCCUGGAGGCAGGAAAGCUUGGGGCAGACACUUUCACCCUGAGCACCUGUUCUGCUGUUUGCAGGGAGACUGGUGGGCAUGAGAUGAUCAGUGCCCACAAGUGGGGCUCUGAAGCCCACUCCAGGGGCCCCAUCUCCCUCCAAGUCAGAGGGACUUGACUGCAUACCCUUCCCCCACUCCCUCCUGCCACCCACUGCUGCUAACCUUUGGGGCACUGUGGCGGGCUUUAGUCACUGACAUAAAUGCAACAAAUAAAGACAACUGCUGUGGCCUUCCCCAGAGUGGACUCUGAUCUGUUCAGCAGAGGCUGAGGCUGGGGCAGAGGACAGGAAGUAGCCUCAGGCAAGACACAACUUGCUUCUUAUCACUGAUCAUCUUGGGGCCCCCAGCAUCCCCAGAAGUGGCCACAUGACAAAUCCCACCUCCAACCCUGCUCUGCUCUCCAGCCCUGGUGCCCCACGCACCCACUGCCUUUGCUUCUGGCUCCUCUUCUCACCCCCAGCUCCCAGGCUGGGUGCCAUCUCUCAGGAAAGCCCUGAAUUCAGUCUCCACUUUCCUCGCCCAUUUCCCCUGUCCUGGUCUCUACCUUUAUUCCCCAAACUCACCAUUUCU